AUGACCGGCUCUGAAAAGGAUUCCGCGCCGAGCGAUACGGAGGUGGACAGUGGUUCAUCCCACUCCCCGAUUGAUGGGCCUCACAAAGUCAAGUGGUAUCGCUCGACGUUUUUCAAUGCCCUCAUUCUCGGUAUUUGCAACUUCCUCGCCCCCGGCAUUUGGGGUGCGAUGAACUCUCUAGGCGGAGGAGGCGCACAAGAACCAUACCUCGUCAACGCAGCGAACGCCUUGACUUUCGGUCUCAUGGUAGUUUCAUGCUUCUUUAGCAGUGUCAUCGUGCGAUUUAUCGGGAUCAAAUGGACUCUCAUCGUCGGAACAAUGGGAUUCGCACCAUACGCAGCCGGUCUAUACUUGAACAACCGAUAUGGCCAGGAAUGGCUGGUACUCCUGGGCGCUGCACUUUGUGGUAUCUCAGCGGGCAUCUUUUGGAUGGCUGAAGCUGCUAUUGCGCUUUCGUAUCCCGAGCCAUACAACCAAGGACGUUUCUUGGGAUUCUGGCUCGGCUUCCGGGUCGGAGGACAAAUCCUCGGCGGUGUCAUCAGUCUGGGCAUUAAUUCCAAUCGGUCGACCUCGGGCGCAGUCUCGUAUACUGUGUACAUCGUUUUCAUUACCUUGCAGGCUCUUGCUCCUUUUGCUGGUCUGCUUUUGAGCAACCCAUCUCAAGUACAGCGGAAGGAUGGAAUCGCAGUCAAACUGCAUGUGACGAACGGUGUCGUUUAUGAGAUGAAACGCAUGGUGAAACUGUGGAUCAAUCGCAAGUUUUUGUUGAUUGUUCCAUUUAUCUGCCAGGCUGUCUACACCGAGGCUGUGAUGUUUUCGUAUCAAGGCUUGUGGUUCUCAGUGCGAGCUAGAGCUCUGGGUUCAUUCCUUUCCGGUGUGAUCGCUUUGAUCAUCGGCAAUGUCCUAGGAGCCUUUUUGGACAAUAAGCGGAUCUCUCUGAAGCGAAGAACUCGCUAUGCAUUCUUCUUCGUGGUUGCAUGGCAAGGCAUGUGCUGGGUCUGGGCUUCGGUCGUGACUACUGAAUUCCACGAGACCCACCCCGUAUAUGACUGGACUGAUCCAAAUUUUGGAAGAGGGUUUACCCUCUUCUUGUUCUGGGUUGCUGGGUUCCAGCUCAACUAUAUGUAUCUAUUUUUCUUGGUGGGCAACCUUGCAGACGAUCAUGAGGAAGUUGUACGGAUUUCAGGCCUGUUGCGUGGUACUGAGUCGGCUGCUCAAUGUGUCAGCUACGGUCUCAGCAGCGUGAACGUCAUGGCCGCAGUGGGUAGUGUAUAUCUCAAUUUUGGCAUGUGGGCCAUCGCAAUAUACCCUGCCUGGCUCAUUGUCAAGGAGAUUGGAGAAGCCUUUGGGGAUAAAAAGGUCGCCAGAGAGACUCAUGGCGUGCACGAGGCCCCAGGCCCAGCAUAG